AUGGCGUUCCAAAACCCUUUCCUCCCCUGGCUCGGCCCCAGCCCUUGGCCUUCGGGAAACACAGACACAAUCACCUCCAUCGCGACCUCCCUCUCAGCCGUCACCGCACCCAACGUGACGCCCACCUCGACCAUCACAGCCAUGGCCCCCACCGAAACGACCGAGUUCUUCAAGACCUGGGCCUACGGCGAGCAGCUCGGCGUCCUGAAGUGGUUCAAGGGCAUCGCCGGCGGCGUCGCCGUCGCCUUCCUCGUCGCCUCCAUGUUCUGCUGCUGGGCGCCCUGCAUCUACUGGUACUACGGCGGUGACUUCACCCACCAGGACGGCCUCGACGACAUGACGGACGCCAUGCUCCGCGGCCAGUUCGUCCCCGAGGGCGGCUGGCUGCUUUGGUUCCGCAACCGCCUCGCCGCGCUGCCCCGCGCCCUCGAGGUGCGCGCCGGAGCCCCUCGCCGCGCAUCCCUCGAAGACGGCGUCGGUGCCGACGAGGGUGCUAGCGACGCUAACGGUUACGAGCAGAACGCCGGCAUGACGGCUGCUCGCAACCGCAACGAGCGUCGCGAGACGGAGCACCAUAGCCAGAACUGA